AGCCUUCCCCCACAGCCCCCGGCGCUCCCUCCGCGGCCAUGGAGGCGCUCAGAGCCCGGGUGGUGAGCACGCUGGACCGCCUGAGCCCACCCGAGCUGGAAGAGUUCAAGUUUUACCUGAGGAGCUCCGGGAAGAAGCCUAGGAUCCCGAUGGAGGACCUGGACACGGCCCCCACGACCUCGGCUCUGGCCGAUCUGCUGCUCAAGCGCUACGUCGUGUCCGGGACCCCCAGGGUCUUGGUCCGGGUGUUCCAGCGGAUGCGCCGGAACGACCUGGUAGCCGAGUGGGCAUUACAAAACAUCGUGUUGGACGUACUACAUUGGUGGGCACAGAUUCCUCGCAGUUACCAGCAUCAGAUAUUGCAGAGAGAUGAAAAAGUGAGUGUUUUGACAACGACUUUGAAGAGACAGUAUGAAAAUGAUGGCCCUGAAAUGGUAACUUUUUAUCUAAGCCUUGAUAAUGUAACUAACGACCACAUGGCUUCUCAUUCAGGCAACUGGCUCCUUCCUGUAGGUGUAAAAAGGGAGAUUUGUAUGUUGUUUCACUCCCUUGUUCAAAAAAACUCCACUAUCUGUUUAUUCCCUUUGAGAUACCAUAGAUCUGCCUCCGAUCUAACUCUUCAAACUGAUUUCAUGUCCCACCCCUUCAUACAUUCUCUAGUUAAGUCAAUUCCCCUGCUAGAUAUUCUACAGAAUCAGCAGAAUUCCACCAGACUGUCUCCCAUUCCUGGAGUACUCUCUCUCUUCACCUGCACCUCAAGGAAUCCCUGGAUUUCAUUCAAAACUCAGCUUAGCUGCCACCUUGUACCUAAGGCCACCCCCUUCACCCCAGUGGUUGGAGCUCUCCCAGUAUAACAUAAACUCCAUGGG